GAAAUAUUCAAAUUCAAAGACAUGAUGAUGAUGUCUUGCAUAGUACAAUCAUUAGUACUUGUUCCAUGGUUUCUAGUAGUAGCAGUACUCGCCGGUGGAGAAGACUCAUCCGAGACGGCAAUGUUUCCGGCGAUGUUUGUGUUCGGAGACUCGUUGGUGGACAACGGAAACAAUAACCACUUGAACUCGCUGGCUAGGUCCAACUAUCUCCCUUACGGCAUUGAUUUCGCUGGAAAUCAACCCACCGGUCGGUUCUCUAACGGCAAAACUAUCGUCGAUUUCAUAGGAGAGUUGCUAGGGCUGCCGGAGAUACCGGCAUUUAUGGACACGGUGGACGGAGGAGUGGAUAUUCUCCAGGGAGUGAACUAUGCCUCAGCUGCCGGAGGAAUCUUAGAGGAAACCGGUCGACAUCUGGGAGAGAGAUUUAGCAUGGGAAGACAAGUGGAGAACUUCGAAAAGACAUUAAUGGAGAUCAGUAGGAGCAUGAGGAGAGAGUCAGUAAAAGAGUACACGGCAAAGUCAUUGGUGGUGGUGUCAUUGGGUAACAAUGACUACAUUAACAAUUAUCUGAAACCAACGCUUUUUCUCACUAGCUCCAUUUACGACCCUACUUCUUUCGCCGACCUCCUUCUCUCCAAUUUCACCACUCAUCUCCUUGAAUUGUACGGAAAGGGGUUUAGGAAAUUUGUAAUAGCCGGUGUGGGUCCAUUGGGUUGCAUACCGGACCAACUAGCCGCCCGAGCGGCUCCGCCAGGUGAAUGUGUGGAGGCGGUUAACGAGAUGGCUGAACUCUUCAACAACCGCCUCGUGUCGCUGGUGGACCGUCUUAAUUCCGAUAGUAAAACUGCUAGUGAAGCCAUCUUUGUUUAUGGCAAUACCUAUGGAGCCGCCGUGGAUAUCCUCACAAACCCUUUUAAUUACGGAUUUGAAGUGACGGAUAGAGGGUGUUGUGGAGUAGGGAGAAACAGAGGAGAAAUAACGUGUUUGCCACUAGCGGUACCAUGUGCUUUCAGAGACCGACAUGUGUUCUGGGAUGCAUUUCAUCCAACACAAGCUUUUAAUCUCAUAAUUGCUCUCAGAGCCUUUAAUGAAGCGGUGGUUAGUACCGUCGCCGGCGUCGACUGUUUCGUUUCACUCCCUCGUCAAUUACUACACGCGCUUCAAUCCACUAGCUCCUCUCCUCUUCCUCCGCUUCUUCCUGUCGAGCUCCGCUCCGGUGACCGCCGUUGGUCAGUUGCUUGGUCCGGCUCUAGCUCCUCCUCUUCUGCCAUCGAGGUCGCUCGAGUGUUUGCGGAAAGCAUUUCGUUGCCUGAUGGUACAGUUGUUAAAGCUCGUGUUCUUCCUAAUGUGCCCAAGGCUACUUUAGUAACAGUCGAACCAGAGACUGAAGAUGACUGGGAAGUUCUUGAGCUCAAUGCAGAACUUGCCGAGGCAGCUAUACUUAGUCAGGUGAGGAUACUACAUGAGACCAUGAAAUUCCCUUUGUGGUUGCAUGACCGAACUGUGAUAAGGUUUGCAGUGGUUUCAACAUUUCCAUCAAAAGGGGUGGUACAACUUGUGCCAGGAACUGAAGUGGCUGUGGCUCCAAAGAGGCGUGACCGAAAUCUCAAGGCAAAAAAGAGUCAGGAAAAAGAAUGCAACAAUGUGAAGGCUCUAUUACGUGUACAAGAUACUGAUAGAUCAGCCUUUCAUGAAGCUGAUGUCAGAGGAUUUGAGCUAAGGGUAGCCCUCACUUCUAUUGCCUACAUUCAUCCAGAAACUGCCAAGAAAUACUCUCUAGAAUCUCUUCAGUUGAUUUCUGUAUCCCCUAGAAUACCUUUGAAAGGAAGUGCAAAAAAGGAUGAAGCCUUAAAUAUCAAAAACAGUGAAGCUUCAAAGGUGGCCGAGAAUGGUACUUCAAGCGCGAAGAAAGAGCCCCGUCAAGCAAUUCUUCGUCUUGUCUUUUCAGAUUUAGCUGCUAAAGGACAUCUAAUGAUGGUCGAGUCUCUUCGACUCUAUCUCGGAGCAGGCCUACACUCAUGGGUUUACUUAAGGGGAUGCAAUGUGAAUGAAGACAAAGAAAUUCCUGCUCUUUCACUUUCUCCUUGCGUCUUCAAGAUUUCUGAAAAUGAAAAGGUGCUGGAUAGGGGUACAGAUAUGCUUGGCAAUCAUAAUUCUAUUAGAAAAAGCAGUCAUCCACCAUCUGGCUUGAGCACCUAUGUGGAUGUUGUCGACUGGUCUGUGCACGAUAAGGUUGUUACAGCUCUUUCAUCUGAGGGUUUGCAUGACGAAGGAAAUCAAGUUAAUGCCUAUCAAGUUAAGAAUAAGAAAAAAUUGGAAUGCCUUACUCGCCUGUGGUCAUUGGCACAGCUUGAUGCUAUUGCGUCAGUCACAGGAGUUGAUGUUAGUUCGUUAAUUGUAGGACGAGAAACGUUUUUCCAUUUCGAAGUAAGAGGGCUCGAAUCGUAUAAAUCCAGAGACGGGCAGCCUUCUGUUAAUGAUCGUUGGGAAAGUGGGAAGAAGGAUAAAAACACUCCUUUAGAAAUUUUGUACGUCAUGACGGUCUCUGACGAGUCUUUGCUUGGUGAUAAAUUCGCUGGGUAUGAUCUUAGCCUGGAUAGAAGUGAGAAGAGCGACAAUGUGGUGCAUAUUGAGCCAGUGCUUGAGAAGAUGAAUCUUGGCGACCCUAUAUAUUUAACGUCGGCUAAAGAAACACACUGCAAUAAAGGUGUUUCCCCGGAUAUAUCCUCCUUGACGUGGAUGGGCCCAAUCGUGUCGGAUGUUAUCAAGAGAAUGGCCGUGUUGUUGUCUCCUGCAGCUGGAAUGUGGUUUAGCAAGUUCAAGAUUCCAUCACCUGGACAUAUUCUCAUAUAUGGGCCUCCUGGUUCAGGAAAGACAAUAUUGGCUAGAGCUGCUGCAAAGUACUUUGAAGAACAGAAAGACUUGUUGGCUCAUGUGAUUUUAGUAUCCUGUUCAACGCUUGCCUUGGAGAAGGUUCAACACAUCCAUCAAGUCCUUUCUAGUGUAAUAGCUGAGGGCUUGGAACAUGCACCAUCCGUCAUCAUUUUGGAUGAUCUCGAUAGCAUUAUCUCAUCGUCUUCAGAUACCGAAGGAACACAAGCUUCGGUUGGGGUUACGAUGCUUACAAAAUUCCUAACAGAUGUUAUAGAUGAUUAUGGGGAAUACAAGAAUUUCUCUUGUGGAAUUGGCCCACUUGCAUUCGUUGCUUCUGUCCAGUCUCUAGAGCAAAUUCCACAGACAUUGAGCUCAUCAGGACGGUUUGAUUUCCAUGUGCAACUGGCUGCUCCUGCUACCUCGGAACGUGGGGCCAUACUGAAGCAUGAGAUACAGAAACGCCUUUUAGACUGUUCAGAAGACAUAUUGCUUGACUUAGCUGCUAAAUGUGAAGGAUAUGAUGCAUAUGACCUGGAAAUAUUGGUUGAUAGAGCUGUUCAUGCUGCCAUUGGCCGGCAUCUACCUUGUGAAUCAAAUAUAUCCAAAUAUAAUUUGGUCAAAGAAGACUUUACUCGAGCUAUGCAUGAUUUUGUGCCUGUUGCCAUGCGUGACAUCACAAAAUCCGCCUCUGAAGGUGGUCGUUUGGGGUGGGAAGAUGUGGGAGGUGUGACUCAUAUUAAAAAUGCUAUCAAAGAGAUGAUUGAGCUGCCAUCAAAAUUUCCAAAAAUCUUUGCAAAAUCUCCUCUGCGUUUGAGAUCGAAUGUUCUCUUGUAUGGCCCACCCGGUUGUGGGAAGACUCACAUUGUUGGUGCAGCUGCUGCAGCGUGUUCCCUACGGUUUAUAUCAGUGAAGGGGCCUGAGUUGUUAAACAAAUACAUUGGUGCAUCUGAACAAGCGGUCCGUGAUAUAUUUUCAAAAGCAGCAGCUGCAGCACCAUGCAUACUCUUUUUCGAUGAAUUCGAUUCAAUUGCUCCCAAGAGAGGACAUGAUAAUACCGGUGUAACUGAUCGAGUUGUUAAUCAAUUUUUGACAGAACUGGAUGGAGUUGAAGUUCUAACCGGUGUCUUUGUAUUUGCUGCAACCAGUAGACCAGAUCUACUUGAUCCUGCACUCCUAAGGCCUGGCCGGCUUGAUCGUCUUCUUAUGUGCGACUUUCCUUCCCCACCAGAACGAUUAGAGAUUCUUACAGUUCUUUCUAGAAAGCUUCCAAUGGCUGAUGAUAUUGACUUAGAGCCUAUAGCUUUGAUGACUGAAGGCUUCAGUGGAGCUGAUAUUCAAGCUCUUCUCUCAGAUGCGCAACUUGCAGCUGUACACGAGUAUCUGAACAGAGAAGAUAAACCUGAGACCGGAACUACGCCAAUAAUAACCGAUCCUCUUUUGAAGUCGAUCGCUUCUAAAACUAAACCAUCAGUUUCCGAAACCGAGAAACAAAAGCUCUAUGACAUAUAUAGCCAGUUUCUGGAUUCAAGAAAAUCGUCAAGAGAAGCAAAGGGCAAAAGGGCAACCUUAGCAUAAUCAAAGGUAUUACAAAGACAACAAAGAAUGGUUACAUUGUAGAAAUCACAUGAUGAUGUAUAAUUUGCUUUAUGCUCAGCGAUUAGCAUUAUAGUAAAAAAAAAAAUGGUUGAGGUUUGGAAUAAAGAUAGUUAGAGAGC